AUUUCUGUCAAUGUUCUAAGUUUAGAAUUUGUUAAUAAAUGAAAAAAGCAUAGCCAAAAGCAGUUAUUGACUAUUUAAUAGGAUAGGCACCCUUUGAAUAGGAACCUAAACUGAACCCUUCCACGUGAUAAUCUGGAAGCUCGAAUAUGUGGAGACUUUUAAAUCAUGUUUUAGAUAAGUGCUUAUGUGGUCGUGGUUUUUGUUACGUUGGAAAAUUAUUGGUUAAUGACCUCUGUGUUCCUUAUUGAUGUCAAACCGCUACUUCACCUAGAGUCCUAACUUUCAACAUUUUUCACAAAACUGUAUCGUUUUGAUAAAAUCACUUCUCGAUCUCUCAUUUUUUACUGUAUGUGCUCCCAUUUUCAGUGGUAGCAUUAAACGAAGCUUUUCUCGACGUUAAGACUCAAGCAAGAGUGUACUCUGUUUUUUUUGCGUCAUCUUCAUCACCAUAGGUACAGCUCAAGUCGCUUUUGGCAUAUUCAGUCCCAUACCUCCACAAGGGGUAAUGGCUGGUGUUGUCGUAAGCCCGGCCUCUCUCUGAUAUCUGUAAAUGUUCAAAGAAUUGCCAACAAUGUAUAUUUCUAUAUCUAUUUUCCUUCUUUUUGGAAAAUAAUGAUUGUUGAUGUUAAAUUUCUCGAGGAAUAAAGAAGCUAUUUCAUCAAUUUCAUGGCUUAAUGAAGUAUCUCAAAGACUAUUCGUUUAAGAACUCGUGUAUCUACCGAACCCAUGGUGCUUUGCCGAAUCUAACAGUCCCCCCCCCCUCAAUCUAGGGCACACCUCCCAUUAGCAGUUUUAAGCAGCGGUUUUUGUCCGGGGGUUGCCUACUUGUAUCCCGUACGUUAACUCAAUAUCUCAAAAUCACGUGUGAAACUUCAGCAGUCGUGUUCUCAUAACAAGAAAUGUGCUAAGUGGCAAGUAUUUGAAAUAAAUUGUGACAAAUUUCAAACCUGUUUGAUGAAUAAUGUAAAUAGCUUACGUAAGCAGCAAAAACUGAUUUAUUUUGAAAAAGGCAUGAUCAAGAGUCGCGCCUUGUUUGUAACAACUUGUUUAAGGUAGUUAUUGUUCCAUUGACAAUAUCCAGAACAAAGGCCGCAAGUGCUUUGUUAGAACAGUCAGGCGAUAGAUCUACUCCGCAGUUUUCUGGCUUUAUACUGUUUUGAUUGAUUCAUACUCCAAAACUGAGCGAUUCAUGACAAAAUGGUAGAUGUUCCUGAUGCACGACAACUCAAAAGCCCAGAUAUACCAGAAUACAAGGUGAUGCUUAUUGGCGACAGCGGAGUUGGCAAAACUUGCGUUCUUGUUAGAUUUAAAGAUGGUGCCUUUCUCAGCGGCAGCUUCAUUUCGACAGUUGGAAUCGAUUUUAAAAAUAAACUUCUGGUUUUAGAUGGUUCCAAAAUCAAAUUACAGAUUUGGGAUACAGCUGGCCAAGAACGAUUUAGAAGCAUAACCCAUGCGUAUUACAGGGAUGCUCACGCCUUGCUUCUUCUUUAUGAUGUGAGCAGCAGGAAGUCAUUCGAAAAUUCAAGGGCAUGGCUAUCAGAAAUACAAGAAUAUGCAACCGGAGAAGUGGUUGUAAUGCUUCUUGGAAAUAAGGCUGACUUAGCAAAAGAAAAGGUGGUCAAAAGAGAAGAGGGUGCGAAAUUAGCCAAGGACUUCCAAGUGCCGUUUUUAGAAACAAGUGCGAAGUCGGGGAUGAAUAUCGAAUUGGCGUUUGAAGCAGCAGCUAGAGAACUCGUCAAGAAACAAGGCAGUGAAUCAAAUGUGAAGAAAUUCGACAUUUCAACAUAUGUUUUGGAUAAAGAACAAAAACCUGGUUGCUGUGGAGGAUCAUAGCGCAACACAUGUGACGUAUAUUUCAAAAAAGGUUCUCAACACUCACAGAUGUCAAAUUUGGUAAACGGUUCAAUUGUUCAGAGGGAUAACGAAGCUUCAUUUUGUAGUGACCGCUGCAAUCAACAUUUGUUCCUGUUGGAGUCACAUUUGAGAUCUAAAUCCUUGUUUAUGGAUUUUUUGAUGCGGUGAAAGGUUUAAAUUGCAAUUGCUUACAAACAAGUUUCAAUUAUCACUAGAAAGACUCCAUUAUCUAGAUCAUCCUGAUGGUCUCGAAUUUCUCCUUGAGGACAACAUUAGCAUCGAAGAUCCCGAGUACAUGCUUAUUAAAUUCCAGCACAAAGUGAAAUUUCUAGACAAAUCCCACUUCCUGUUCUUCCGACCCAAAUCAUCCCUGUUUGGCAUAAUGCUUCAUGUCACAAUUGCAGGUGAAACCUUUACUGCUAUGUUUAAAAAUCCUAAGUUAAUUCUAGGGCACAUGCCUACCUGGAUUGUAAAUACGCUUCUGGUAAAGGAGAAGAAAUGCUUGUUCAAUAGUUAGAUUUUAGCCAAGCAGGAAAACCUAUAUUUCAUACAGAAUCUUCAAUUUUCUUACAAGUUUCAGGACCAUUGUUGUGAGCCUAAAAUGAUCUUUCUUUGCAAUUUUACCAUAGUCUUUUCCAAGGGAAAUUGACUGCCGGGGCAAACCUUUAUUUGUAUAAAGAAGGGGACAAAGCCUAUUGUUUAAAACUAUGAAAAGCCACUUGGGCUGUAGGAGAAAUGACCCCCCUAGUUAGUAUGUUAAAAAAGGCCCUGGUAUUUUCUAUAAAAAUUUGCUCUAUACAAAAUUGCACAAUGAUUUAGCUCCAAGUCUUUCUGGCAAGGCAUGAAGCAACCAAUUUAAUCUGAUCUCAAACAACGUUAAUAGCUGUUCGUUUAGAAUGCUCCAUUGAAUACACAAGUUUCUAAUGUUUACCAUUUAUCACAAUAGGGACUCGUUAAUCUUGAAAGGUUUGCAUGUUUUUUCACCUUUUGCUGUUUAUUUUUGGCUUCCCAUAAAAUUGGCUUCCCUAUAUUCGAACUAAUCUCAAACGAAACCUUGCUUCAAUUCAAAGAUUUGCUGACUGCAUCUUAUUCUUCCCAUACAUUGUUUUAUUGAUACUACUGUCAUACCUUGUAAUAUCAUCACUCUUAGAGCUAAGUCUUAGAGUGAAUGCUAUUACAGACUUGGCUGGACAUAGAAGAUAUCAUAUCUUUUUUAUACAUAGGCACGAUAUGUUGCACAUCAGAUAAUACAGUACUCUCUGCAGUAUUUUUUGAAAUUUAUUAUAAUUUAAAAAAUCUGUUAAAAUUGUUAUUACACAAAUAGUUAGGAGCAGUCGCUCAUUAUGUUAAUUCUUAUAUACAGCUUAAGUUCAGAGAAUAAUUAUUCAUGAGGAGAGACGUCAUAGAAAUGGUAUCAUUGUGUAGCUGUAUUGUGAAUAAAACCCUGUCUGCAACAAAAUUCAUUAUAGUUUUUCAUGCUUAUACGUAUAUUUUUUGGGGAUGUUAUUUAUUGAUAAUGCAAUUUGUAGUUUAGUGAAUUGAGUAGUUCCAUACAACCUGUACAUGGUGUGUGUUUUAAAUCUAAAGGUAUUGCAAUUUUCAUAAAUCAUUUAAAGAGCAAUUUUUAGGUUGAAGUGCUGCAUUCGAACCUUUACAGUUUUGAUCACAUCAUUGAAUUGGAUCGUUGAACAACGUGGUUUAGAAGCUGUGCUGCAAGGUACCAAUCUAAAGCUGACAGUCAAGCCACUUUUCCAAAGGAAAGUCGAUGAAAAGCAGGGAAAAUGAAACACCUUGCAUGCUUAGAGCCCUCACUCUUAUAGCCUUCAUUAGGCUGUAUUUAGUUUUUCUCUUUAGAAGAUUACCGAAAAUCCUCGAAUUAGCCCUCUAACGCAGCGGUGGGCAACCUUCCACCUGCGGGCCAAAAUCCAACCCGGGAAGAGAAUUUAUGUGGCCCGCAAAAUAAUAAAAUCUUAAAGUUUCUUUUAUUGUUGGCAAGAUUGAUUUUCCGAGCGGUCGCAAGCAUUGAAUGAAGUUAUAUUGAUUAAAAUGAGAUUAUCUUCGUCAAACCUGAGAAUCACGGAAAGAUUUGUUUCACUAUCGAUUGUGACGAAUUCAUCCUGCUUGAAUACCCGAUAGCAGAAUCUUUGAGGGACUGGGCGAAAGUUAACAAAUGCAGCAAGAACGAAUUUUGCUGUGUGCACUGCAAAGCUGUAGAGCGCCCAUUGUUAGAGAAAACAAGAAUCACAUUCGUCGCGAUCUUUCAUGUCUCAGUUGCUACUGGAUAAACUGGAUAAAUUGGAUGGAGACAACUACUGUUUUGAAUGGGGGCUUAUUCGAGAGUGGUCUAUACAAGGGUGGGGGUGCUGUGCUUGUGAAAAUCGUCUCCAGGUUAUCAUACCAAUAGCUAGUUUUGUAGCUUCUUAGCAAUCUCGGGUUCGUUUCAUUUGCAACUUUAUUUAACAAAUUUUCUUUAAUAUCAAAACCAAAGUAUAAAUAAAAACAUAAUAUAUUAAUUAUGGACUAAAGCGGCGAAUUUUCUGAUUUAUCCGAUUUAUCCCAAGAGGCUUGUUUAAUGGCAAAAACUAUUAGCAAUUUUUGCUCCCAGGUGCGUGCUUAUUCUCGGGGGGGGGGGGCUUAAAUGAGGGCGUCAGUUUGAGGAUGCAAUCAUUAAAUAAUUAUUUUGCAAAUUUCUAGUAACUUAGCAGCAGACAGUUCGGAGUUUUGAGGCAGAAGCAAGUCACCGAACCCCAAUCUGCAACUCUUCUCAGAAUUAACCACGAAGCUGCAAGACCUUCAAAAAAUUACGAUUUAUUCUGCUAUCCUUCAAGUUUUAAUUUCUUUUUUGACAUAAACGCGUGCUAAACAAGGGCGUUUUUCUUGAGUGGCAGAUCACUUCGCGAAAACCUCGUACUCCUUUGGCAAAAAUCUUUUUUUGUCAAGGAAGAUCUCAAAAAUUCAUGAAAAUCAGGGCCGUCGUUAAACACUUUUAGUCACCAAUUUGCAGAAAAAAUAGGGGGUGGCCUAAAAUAUAUCCAUUUUGAGUGUGGGAUUUUGACGCAUUUGAUUUUAUUUAUCAAAGGGUAUGUUCUCAGCAGUCAAUCAUCGCUCCGAUUUUCGUGUUGUAAUUUUCUUUACAAGAGUACCUGAGGGUACUUUCUUUGAUUUUCCUCUAGAAAUCAAGUUUUGAGCAACAAGAUACCCUCAGUACAAAAAGUUAUUCAAAAAGAACGUUUGAAUUGAACCCUAGUUUGUAUGAACAGAUCUUACAUGCAGGGCCGCUGAGAGGUUUCGGAGGCCUUGGAGCAAAGCCGAAAGUCGAGGCCCCCUGCGAGCGAAGCGAGCAGAAUUUAUUUUUGCAACCAUGCCCUUUAGAUUAUAUUGAAAUGCAUUACAGAAUAUUACUUGCAGUCAUUUCUUGCAAUCGUUUAGAAUGUUUUAAUCUUUUUAGGCAUACUUUUGCUAUGUUUCAUUGAUUUCAUUCUCAAAAUGGAAUUCAUUACUUUAUGAGGCCUCCUACACCUCAAGGCCCUGAGGCACUUAACCCCCUAGCCCCUCCUCUCGGCGGCCCUG